GUCAUUUCAGUAGGCGGCAAUGCAUUUGAGGUUAAUCUGAGGUUCUGUUUUUAGAAUCUGUUGAACUUUCGAUGAAGGAAGUACAAAACCGAUCACAGGAUUCCGAAAUCGAAUCAGAGGAAGAAGAUGGAGAUGAAGAAACGCAGCAAGAACAGCAAAAUCCCCAAUGUCAAGAUCAAGAACUAUGUUUGCUCCAAUUUCUGGACUCGACGGAUGAUUAUCUGAAUCUCCUAGAUGCAUUGUCCGCAACAUUACGCCAGGGAUGGUUUGAGUUGGCGAGCGCAAGACAUUCUAUGGGUACUUCUCGCAUAAGCACUGCAUUACUGGACAUGAAAAACCAUUCUGCCGCUACAUCGCUGAGGGUGGACGAACGAGAUGAUGGCUCUGUAGGAAUGCAGCCAUUCAUUAACUUGAGGAAAUGGACAUCCUCUGAAGGUGGAGACAGUUUGGGGGAAGAAAAAUACAAUGACAAAUUGCAAAGGGAAUCUGGUAGUCCGCAGCUACGGCAACGCAACGUUUCUGAUCUUUCCGAUAAUCUGGGGAAAAGUUCUUUAAAGAAAGAAGAUGCUCUCAUCGUUGAUGAUCAGGUACAAAAGGAACGAUCACGGACACUUUCAACCUUCGGAACUCUAGUUUCCCCAAAGCUUCGAUUAGCACAACUUUCAUUUGAAAACGCACUUGAACUUAUAGUUGAAAUUGCAAAUAAGCGUAUUGCAAUGUUAUCUUCCUUUGAUGAAGUCAAGAAAGGAUCGGAAGACACAUCUUCCUUCAAACAAGUGAAGGAAGAAUUGGAAGACACCAAAGUAUGAACCAAUCAUUUGUUUCCCUUCUGGUAAAUUUUGUUGUAAUUUCCUCAAAGUUUGCUAUGACAGUAGGUGGGAUGGGAUGGGAUGCCUAUAGUCCAAAUUAACGGACUUGUUUAGUUUUUUAUUGUCAAUCUCCUUCACAAGCGUGUCACGCGUAAUAUAUAAACUUUGUAUUCUUCAAAGUCACCACAAAUAAAUUCAUUUAUACGACUGAAUUUUGAGUCGUUUGUUA